UUCAAUCAAACUGUUCGCCAUUUUUAUUUUACUUGGAAUCGCAUUGUCAAGAAAUUUGGCAAUUUGCGUCCUUUUUGAGAGUGGAAUUAUAUCAAAGCAACUUUGCCGAAGACUAGGCCCGUGCAACUUACGUUGAAAAUAUAUACAUAUUACAAGGAAGGGUUAUUGUAGCGAUAAAUUAUGAGUUCUGUUUUGUUUGCUUGCUCCAAAUGUUUUUCGCGACAUCCAUUCGAGGAAUUGUCUGCGGGCCAACAGCUAUGCAAGAAUUGCCGGGGAAGUAGCUCAAUUGUGAAAUGUACUUAUUGUCGAACCGAAUUCCAACCAACAACAAAGUCCCAGAGUGCCUGUAAGAAAUGUGAGCACUGCCUCAACAAGUAUGGCAAACCCAACGCCUGUGAAUGCUGCAAGAUCGUAGCGGCGUUCGGAAGCUCUAAAUGCAUAAGAUGUGCAACGUACGAAGCAAAAUACGGCCCACCAAUACAAUGUGAUGAAUGCAAGCAGCGAUGUGCUUUCGAUAAGCGCGACGAGAACAAAAAGAUUAACGGCAAAUUGCUUUGUUGGCUGUGCACAAAUUCGUUUAAGCGAGCUCUCUUAAAAGCUCAACAGGACGGCAGAAUAUCAGCGAAAAAACGACCACAUGAAAAAAUACACAGAGAUAGUUCGACGAAUUCGGCAAAAAAAUCAUCCCGACCAUCUGCAGAUGUAAAAGGAAGCAGUGGCGGUGCUGGGGGAGGGAGUAGUGCAGCUAUCGCUUCUUCAGGCGGAGAUCUUUCCGACAAAGUGUCACGCACUGGAGGAAGCGGCGGAAAUGGCAGUGGUAAUGGAUCUGGAAUCGGACUGGGCUCUAUAGCGGCCCCAGCAGUUAUCACAAUUGAUCCAAAUUCCGCUGAUCAUGUAGUGGCUAUGACUAACUUAAAAGAACGUAUUGCCAGUCUGGAAAAACGCCUUCAGCAAAAGGACAAAGAAUUACUUGAAAAAGACAAAUUGUUAACAGAGCUAAAAGGCAAGAAUUUCGAAAAAGAAAUAGAAAUGCGCAACAAAUUGAAGGAAGUCGACAGAUUGCAUGAAAUGAAAGUGGAGAAUCUUAAUCGAAAAGUUAGUAGUUUAUUGAAAGAAUUAGCAUCUGUGAAGAAGAGCACAAAGAAGAAUGGCACAAGUGGAGGUUCAAAUGCCAAAGAGCGCCAGAGCGAUCGUGAAAAACGAGAAAACCUUUCUCCAAAAGAUGAACUUGUCGAAGAAGAGCAACAGCGAGAAAAGGAAAUAAAAGAAGAGAAAACGGAAAAAGAAGAUAGUAAGAGUGACAAUGAACAAGAUCAGGAAGAAAAAGGGAGUGUUGGAUCUGGUUCGAAUAGCCCAUCUACAAAUUGAUUGUAACAAAACGAAAUGUUAGCUAAAUUUUACAACAAAAUUUUACGAGUAUAUAUUGUACCGGCCAAACUCGAUCUUAGGACAAACUAGUUUUGCCUAGGCUAAACUAGAUCCGGGGCCUUAGUAUUUUUGCGCGGAACAUCUUUCCGCGUAGGCGGCCUUUGUGCGCGCUUCAAAAAAACUUGUUUCCGCGUUGGACGUUUAGCCUAGGAAAAACUUGUUUGCUCUAAGGCCGGGGUUUGGCCGGUAACAUAUACAAUCUUUGACAUCUAUUCCACUCAAUCGAGCUGUUUUACAGUUUCGGGCAAGGCGAAUUUAUAUAAGGUGGUGUUACUAGCUCAGCUGAUUUUGUGUAUGUUUUCGCCGCACGGCUUCUGAUAUCAAACUGAAAAAUUUUCUUUGAAUUUCUACACACUUACAGAUUUUGACAGUUUAUGCCGCCAAAGCAAAAACAAAAUACAUGUAAAUUUUUGUUUUUGUACUCCUGCUAUCACCUUAUAUUAAUUCGCCUUGGUUUCGGGAAUAAUCGUAUCAGUUUUUGAAAAAACAACUUUAAAAUAAGCUGUCACAACGUUUUUCAUUUAGAUAAUGAAAAUGUAUCAUACAUAAGCCAUGGAUGUUGAUUUUUGAAAUUUUUGCCAGUAAAAUAUUUUCUGUAAGAUUUUAUAUUUCUUUUGUUACCUAAAUUGUAGUUUACUUUAAUAGUUCUUUCGUAUGAUUAACACAUUUAAUAGUUUAAAGUUUAUUCCUCCAAAUAGUUUAUAUUCCGGCAGGUUCUGCAAUUCACUUCGGAAUCAAUUUGAGUCAGGUUCGCUUUGAAUUCAAAUUGGCAGGGGUCGAGGUUCAUUCAGGAGUGAAUUGCAAAACCUGCCCGAAUUUCAUUUUUUUUUUGUAACUUGUGUGAGCUUUGUGGCACCAUUUUUUUAGCAGAUAACUUAUUUAAGUGAAGUGGAAAUCCCUUAAAUUGAAUAAAGAACAUACAAAGAAAACUUGGAUAUUGA